AUGGACGAUCAUGGCGCGUCCAUGUACCCACCAAUUCCCGACGUGUCUGGUGGCAGCAUGCCGCAGGCAUAUCCGAUGCCAACCCAGAUGAUGCUUCCACAGCAACAGGCGCAACCCCCACCCCCACAUGCACAGACACUGCUACCCCCGCAACCGCAACAUCAAGACUCUCAAGGGUUUCGAACAUCCAACUCGCCCGUCUCAGAGCCGUCGCGCGUCUCGACAGUGUCAGCCCAAUCGAACCAGAAACCACCGAAGAAAAACCAGUAUCCCUGCCCCAUGGCGAAGCAGGUCGGCUGCACCGACUUCUUCACCACAUCUGGUCAUGCAGCUCGACAUGCGAAAAAGCACACGGGCAAGAAGGACGCCUUCUGCCCAGAAUGCAACAAGGCAUUCACCCGCAAAGACAACAUGGAACAGCAUCGUAGGACGCAUCAGAAUGGACGAGGUGGUUCGCGGGCGAGCAAUGACGAUUCGAAAGUGAAGAAGACCACUAAGGCGCCCACCAAGAAGGCUGCAAUCAAAUCAGAAUCAGCCCUUGAGGCGGCGGUCGACCAGCAGUUGGCUGAGCAGGCGCAGGCCGCACAGGCACAAGUACAAGCACAAGCACAACAGACGGUCCCAGUCAUGGACCAUGCGCAAGCCCAGGCCACUCAACUACCCCCACAACUGCCAAUCGAUCAAAUGAUGCUCGCCGGUUCUGGGCCUUACUUUCUGACAUCAAUGGACAGCGGGCCGAUUCCCAGCUUGCCGUUGGCCAUGCCAGACCUGAAUAGCAGGCCACCACUUCAUCGUGCCAGCUUCGCUUCAUCGCUCGACUAUGUGCCACCCGCCGCGCCCAUGAUUGACCCCGAGACCCUUCACUACAGUUACCCAAGUCCCGGCCUCAGCCAUGGAUUGAAUAGCUUGGCCUUAGCGGCCAGUGAACACAUUCGUCAGCGAAGCUCUGCAAGCAAGCCGUCACGCAGUCCUUCAGAGACCUCGGACCAGAAAACCCCGUAGAGCGGCGAUGGCUUCAUGGGGUUCAGGUCUUUUAGAUUAUAAUUUUUUUCAAGCGAUAUACCCAGAAUCUGAUUUCACGGCGUCACCACCUGGGACUAGCAACAUGGAAUGGAAUUGAAAGGCAGAGGCGAGGCCAGGCUGGAGGUAACCUGUAUACGCUGGGCGAGAGUACCUAGCUAGUUUGACAUGAACACGAGGGAAGACGGACUGAGAUCUGCGGUAGCAAGCACCGCAAGAAGAACGUAAUAGUGUCGCCAGACUACCGUACCACGAUGAACCCAGUCUCCC